GGGUUCACUGAUCACUCCGGAUGAUUGUUCUAUAAAUGACUCUAAUUUAGUAAAUAAAAUAUAAUGAGUAAAAAUUAUGGGUAGCUUUCAUUCAGUGUAGUGUGCACAGAGUAACUACCUACUUUUUGUACACGUGAAAAGUGAAGAUUCCAGAGAUCAAUGCAUCACCCAAAAAGGCCGUCUAUACUUCGUAAUGGCUGAAAGCACUGAAAAUGUAGGUGAUUUAGAAGAAGAGGACGCGUAUGACCCUAAAGUAAGGUGGGCGAUUCCACAAAGGCUCGAUUUCAUGACAUUCGUUGGUAGAGACGUGUUAGCGAUCGCUCACGAUAUUUACAUUAUAUUCCUUCACCUGAAAACUAAGACUGAAUUGGUCUAUGUUGCAAAUGGUGAAAAAACUGGGGAUGGAGUCGAUGUUAUUGCAGGACAUAAAUCUACAUUUUUUGCAUUCGCGGAAAAGACGAAAAAUCCAAGAAUUUUCAUUGUCAACUAUCCGUCAUUUACCAUCAUGGCGGAAUUGAAAGAUUUAGACGUCAACCGCUACAAAGGCCUGUGCAUGAUGGAGUCCGAUCUAAUCGCCGGAUUCAGUGGGUUCCCUAACUACCUGAUAUCCGUGUGGAGCUGGCGCACCAACCAGCGCCUCCUGUCCAUAGCCACGAACGUGGUGCGACGAGAUCAAAUCUACAUGGCAAGUCGUAGCCACAUGCUAAUAUGCCAAUGCUGGGGCGAAGGCCUGAUUGUGUGGGAAGUGGCGCAGUGCUUCAAGCGUUGCCUGAUGAUGAAGCGCAGUAAGGAAGAGGUGCCCAGCGGGGAGGUCCCGGACCUCAAGCUGGUGGCCGUGUGCUGGAGCAACGAGGGGCAGCUGUAUGCUAUCGAUGAAAAGGCUAAUCUUUACAGUUUGCUGUCUGAUGGCAUAGGUAUGGUGACUAAUUUGGAGUGGUCGGGCAAUUUAAAGGGAUCGCGGAAGCCUUGCAUGUGUUCGUUUCAUAGCGGCAUUCUUAUCUACGGUCCUGAUAAACGAAUUCGGAGCCUGAAGAAGGCAGAGAGCAAGUGGGUAGUGGCGUGGCAGUACACGGCUGAGGAUGAUGUGAUGCGGCUGGUGUGCAACUCGACGUCGGACGUGGCGGUCGUUUACACGGAGCGGGGCUUCGUGUACAAGCUGACCGGGGACACAGAGGACACUAUCGACGUGCAGCUGUUCACUUUCAAACAGAGAAAUAUAAAGAAGAUUCAAUUAAUCGCACCGGACUACAAAUACCUUGCAACAAUGACUAGUACUGGUAUUGUGUGCAUUUACGAAGUCGAAUCGGCAAAGUUGGUACUUCAUAAAUACGUGAGCGGAGACGACCUCUCAUUCGAAGCCAGUCCAAUAGAUCCUCUGCUCGUCAUCUUCGGCGAAGUGGGCAGCAACUAUGGCAUGGGUCUAUUCACCUUCAAGCCAGAGGAGGGCUUGAAGAAGGUCGGUCGCAUGUGUCUGACCACACAGAUCGUCUCUAAGGUUGUGUUCUCACCAACUGGCAGAGAGAUGGUCGCUGCUGCUAUGUCUGCUGGUCAUAUUUUUAUCUUUCAAAUAACGGAAGAUUACAAGUUGAAUUUGGUAAGAUACACGGAGCUGGGUCGCGGACUGGCGGAUUGCUUCCUCAUGCGAGUGGGCGACGCCAUGCGCGUCUUCAGCCUCGUGCUGUUCUCUGACAAGUACGCCAUCGGUGAACGCAUAAUAUGCAUAAACGCGGAGUCCGGCAAAGACAACAAGUUCGCUGGCAAGAUGGCGGGCCCUUACUCCAAACUUGUCCCGCUGAGCACGAGAGACGUGGCGGCCGCGGUGCCACACAUCUCGUCGCAGCUUCACGUGCUCAAACUCUCCGGCGAAAAAGGUGUAACGGUGUCUGUGAAAAUGGCGCCACCCGUGGAGACAGGGCAUCACCUAAAACAAUUCACUGUUUCGUACAACUCUGCAGCCCUUAUCACAUAUGGCGCUGACGGCACUGUCAUAUUACGAACUCCGGAUUGCCCUGACGAAUAUGAACUACAGCUGAUCGUCUCACAUCGCUACGAAUUAGGUGUCAAACAAGCGGUUAUUGAUACGGGAACCAAUUUCAUCGUACAUCUUGCUGAAAAUAAGACCAUGGCAGUUCAUUACCUGCUCAGAGACCACGAGUAUGAAAUCCAAGAGCUUCGUCAUACGCCACCAGACUUGAGCAUGUUUGAUGAAGAAACUAAUACCAUAAACUUGUUCUACGAAAACGCGAAAAACUACUUAGACCUCCAAGAGGAUAAAAAGGUAAAAGAAGAAGCGAUGGACUACAAGAAGCAACGCGAGGACGUGGUGCGCACAUUCGAAUCUAUUCAGUCGCGAAUGGUGGCUCUUCUGGAGGAGAACCUGGCUGAGAGACCUUUACACCAGCUGUCUUUGUCAGAGUUUAACCUGCAUCUGGAGCAUAAGAAGGAACGAAUUAAACAGGCAGAAAAAGAACGAGAGGCAAUCCGCUUAGAGACGGAAGCGCGUAUCAGAGCUCAAGACCAAGUGACUGCCUGGAUUAAACGGCAAUGUUGGGACACCAUGCUCUCUCCACGCAUCAAGCUGUUCGCUAUAUUCAGUCAUUAUCAGGUAGAAAACUACGCAGUACUGCCGACUCAGCGUGAUAAUUGGCCGGAGCUGCAACAGAUCGAAGCGCUUCGUAGUGUGGAAAUGGAAAACGAUGAUGACCUGUUUCGGCCCUGGGAAGAGCCGCGUGAGAAGUUGAGUUUGGAAGAGAUGAAUGUACAGUCACAAUUACGACCAGCAUCAUCAAUAUCGGUACGUGAAGUGCGUAAAAGUAUAGAGAGCCAGCGCUUCUCCAUCGUGCUGACUCCGGCUGAGGCUUCGGAACAAACGGUAGCAGAACCGUAUGUGCUCUCCGGCUCAAACGCGCACCACUUCAUCGAUAUUCCUACCUUCAUGAUCCCGCAGACUUUGGCCUUUAGCUUUCUACAGAUGAACUGGUUGCAGCAUAUAAUCAAGCUUAACGCUCAAAACAUGCGCCUCUGGUUCAAUAAACAGUUCGACGAUUUGAUGAACCAGAAAAAACGUGAGGUCGGUCUAGUGGAGGACCGCAACGCCCGCCUCCGCUUUAUUAUUGACGAACUUAACAAGCUGUCAGACUUGCGCGGAAGUUUCCAUCAUCUGUCCAUCCACAUACAAGAUCCUGAAUGGGCACAAGAAGAGCAACCACACAGACUUAUAAAAGUCGAUCCUGAAGAGUGCAGCAUAGAGCCGUACAUCAGCCCGAGCCAGGUGGUGAUUCCGCCACCGGAGCCGCAGCCCAAGGACGACUUCCGCGAGCGAGCACUCAUGUACAUGAUGGAUGGAGUGCUCGAGAAGCUGUGGCACGAGGAGAUCAAGAAGCCCAUUCCAAUGCCGCAAUGCAUGUUGGAAAAAGACCCCGAACACUUCAACGAGGACGAUCUACGCCUCGUGUUCGAGUACGAAGCUAAGGUCGCGUUCAGGAACGAAGAACGCGACAAGUACAGGAAAAUGUUGCACGCCGAGUACGCCAAGCUGUCGCAGGUCCUCAACGAGGGGGUAGUGAAGUUUAAUCAAAAGGUAAAGGAAAUGUGGCUGACAAAGCUAAAAGUGGAUUCCGUAAUAGGACAGGAGAAUCUCACGCUCAUGCGCUUCCGUAGAACCAAUCUAGACCGCGUCGAAAUGGCCGAGAAACUGGAAGCUAUGCGGAAAGACAUAAAGCGAUACGAGGAUGAGCUGGAAGUCCUGCAGCAUGAGAUCCACGUGAUCCAAGAGCAGUUCGACGAGUGCCAGGCCACGUACGAGAGCCUGGCGACUAAGGACAAGUACCUCGACCGCACCUUCAAGAACCCCUUCGCUGAUCUCUCACCCAUCAUUGUUGACCAGUGCUACAAGUUUUUCAAAAAACGGCCGAAGUGGCAUCAACGAGCAACGAUGAUCCCAGUGGUUCUGUACGAUCUAGCCAACGCUAUACUGACAGGUGUUAGACCGCCACUGCUACACGCCGACUGCGUAGAUUAUUUUAAGGGUGUCGAGCAACUGGACCAGAUCAGCAACAUGCCUCCGGUAAUGGACGAAGGACUCUGGGCUACUAUGUGCAAAAUGCGACGCGCUAAAAUCGAAAAUGAAAUACGAAUGCGCGCAGUGGGCCAGGAGGUGUCGUACGUGGAGGCGGGCGGCGCGGCGUGGCGCGCGGCGGCGGCGGCGCGCCGGCAGCGCCUGCACGUCACCCACGACCACAUCCUGCACCAUCGCCACACGGUGGAGCUAGCCGCAAGGAACAAGACCAUACAGUUAGUGCUCCCGGCGGGACAAGUGGAAAUAAUAACAACAGGCCACAUGAAUGAUUUUGAAGAUGCCACUCUCAUUCCUCGCGCAGAGAUUGAAAAAGUCAAUCAAGUAAUACUGCGCGUAGGCGAACAGAAGCUUCGUAUGAUGAGGAAGCAGGUAGAGUUCCGCAAGGGAAUAUUGUCCAAGGAGUGGGAGCACGCGCAGAUGAAGAUGAAGCUGCGGCACAUGGAGCAAGAGCUCCAGUCCUACCAGAGACUCAAGAUCCCCAAAGAACUGCAAAGCUACUUGAAGAAUAAAGAGCUGGGUUACACGGAUGAACAGGAGUACGCUAAAAUGGAGAAAGAGAUGGAAGCCUCCAAGGUGUCUGUCAAUAAGCUAUUGAAUGACCAAAUAAAAAAGGUUGAGGAAGUUGAGUUGAAAAUAAAUGCACUGGAAAUCCAAGCGCAAGAACUGGAGAAGCUGAUAGUAUCCCUCAACGUCAAAGUGUCAGAGAAGAGGCUGAAUGAGGAUCCACUUGAACCCAUCCGCAUUCGACGGGUGUUCAAAAAGCGUAUGGAGACGCUGGUGACACGCAGUCAGCUGAUCCGCCAGGUGCAAGCCAACCACACCAGCAUCGUGAUGCUGCAGACUGAGCUGGAGCUGUUACGGCUCAAGACGUAUCCUACACUCGCUUCCUUCCGCACUAUCGUAUAAAUUAGAUCUCGUCCAGAAGGUGCGAAUUGAGACGAUGCUUGUCGUAUUUCAAUUUCGCGCGCUGCUUGUGAACACGAUGUAUUGACAUUUGACGCCCAGUGCCUUGCCAACGCGCGUCAAUUCGCGCGAAACGAUUCAUAUAGAAAGUCGUAUCGUCCCGACAAAUCUGCCGAAAUUACGUCACCAAAACUUCGGCUAAUACGCUCACAAUGUUUUAAGUUAGUUACCGUGGUUGUUACCGUUCUACUGCGUAUUAAACUGUAAGAAGAAAUAAAAACCAAUAAUGCCAUUUAUCUGUUUUAUUUUAUAAAGAAACAUGUACAUGUUACAGAUAAAAUACUUCGAAAUGCUGACUGGCUAAGUAGAACCAGCUAAUACAAUUAAUGAGAUCCUAAAGCUUUUAAUGUCAGAUUUUAUCUGAUAACUAUAGGUACUUAUAACCACAGGACCUAUAACGUUUGAGCGUUUUAACUUUUAGAGCUAGCGCACACUACGGUCUGUAGGUUUUUCUGCAAAAUCUGUGAAUUAUAUAGGAUCGCGUGCACUCCGGAAUUAAUUCCGCACGGGAUUCUCAUGAUCAACCCAUUUCCGCCCCACUACUGAGUACGGGUCUCCUCUCAGAAU